AUGGCGAACGAAAUCCUAACCUCAUUCCUGGGCGCCCUCCAAGCCUCUCUCAGUGUACUUCUAGUCAUCUUAUACGGAGUUCUCGCCGCCCAAUUCGACAUCCUCAAAGGAGACAGCACCAAGCAAAUUAGCACCUUAUGUGUGCGAAUGUUCCUGCCCGCCCUCCUGAUUACUAAGGUCGGAAGUCAAUUGCACGCAGACACUGGCAUUCGCUAUGUGCCCAUCCUGAUUUGGGGACUCUUCUACGCCCUCUCCUCCAUGCUCCUCGGCUGGUUCGUGACCCGCUUCUUCAAACUUCCCUCCUGGGUCACACCCGCCAUAUCCUUCAACAAUACCACCGCCCUGCCACUCCUCCUCAUCGAGUCCCUAGCCUCAACCGGCAUCCUUGACGAAUUACUGGCGUCAGACACCGACACUGUAGACGCUGCAUUGAUGCGUGCUCAAUCUUACUUCCUCGUAAACGCCAUUAUUGGAGAUGCGUUGACCUUUGCGAUCGGACCAAAGUUAUUGGACGGAGAACACGCCCCAGAAAAGAAGAAAGACGAUGGUGAUGAGGAGCAACGAAACCUAGUUGAUAAUGGUCCGCCUGAGGGUCCACUCUUUCCUCUCGCGCCGGAGCCGAGCAAUGGCAAUGGCACCUACGGAGCACGCCCUGGUGGCCAAGACAGCCGCCAAGGAAAUAACGAAGAACCCCAUGAGCAAACCUCCCUCUUGCCCAGCUUCGUCCGAAGUGGCGAGCUCGCAGCUGAACGCUACGGCUAUGAUAAAGGCGAGACAGCAUGGGAGAGAUUCCCUCCAUGGAUACGAUCAUUCCUCCACUUCUCGUACGCCUUUUUGCAUGCACCUUUGAUUGGUGCAAUUACCGGCGCGAUUCUCGGACUCGUUCCUCCAUUCCACAAGGCUUUCUUCGGGAAUCCGGAAAACGGAGGGAUCUUUACAGCAUGGCUGACUGAUAGUGUCAAAAAUAUCGGCGGCCUCUUUGCUUCGCUACAGGUUGUUGUCGUGGGCGCGAAGUUGAGUAGUAGUAUGAGGAAAAUGAAGAGAGGGGAGGCUAGUGGUACGGUACCAUGGACCCCGCUAGUAUUUGUGACGAUCAUGCGCUUUAUUGUCUGGCCAGCCGUUUCGAUCGCCUUCAUAUAUCUCAUCGCCUCUCACACCAACCUCCUGGAUGAAGAUCCUAUGUUAUGGUUUACAAUGAUGCUCAUGCCUACGGGUCCGCCGGCAAUGAAGCUUACUGCGCUGGCGGAUGUGUCUGGCAGUAGUGAGGAGGAGAAGAUGAGUAUCGCUAAAUUCCUGAGUAUCAUGUAUGCCAUUACUCCGUUGAUAUGCUUCACGGUCGUGGGGGCAUUGAAAGCUUGCAAGGCAGUCAUGGCUAGCGCAUAA